AUGAUCUUCUCAACGCUUCUCUCGCUAGCCCUGCUAGCGACGACCGCUACUGCCCGCAAGGGCUUUGUGACCACCAAAGGCGACAAGUUCCAAUUGGACGGGAAGGACUUUUACUUCGCUGGUAGCAAUGCCUACUAUUUCCCUUUCAACAACAACCAAACGGACGUGGAACUCGGCCUCUCCGCGGCCAAGAAAGCAGGACUCUUAGUUUUCCGCACCUGGGGCUUCAACGACAAGAACGUGACCUAUAUCGAAGACGGACUCCCCCAGUACGGCGGCGAGGGCGCCGGCACCACAGAAGUCGUCUUCCAGUGGUGGCAGAACGGAACGUCCACGAUUGACCUGGAGCCGUUUGACAAAGUCGUCAAUGCCGCCGCAAAGACGGGAAUCAAGCUGAUUGUGACGCUGGUGAACAACUGGGCGGACUACGGGGGUAUGGAUGUUUAUACAGUGAACCUGGGAGGACAAUACCAUGAUGAUUUCUACCGCCUCCCGCAGAUUAAAAAAGCAUACAAACGCUACGUCAAGGAAAUGGUCACCCGUUACCGCAACUCCCCGGCCAUCAUGGCCUGGGAGCUCGCCAAUGAGCCGCGCUGCGGCGCCGACGGUGUACGCAACCUGCCGGCGAGCGACGAAUGCACCCCCGAGCUGCUGACCUCCUGGAUCGACGAGAUGAGCACCUACGUCAAGAGACUCGAUCCCCACCACCUCGUAACAUGGGGCGGCGAGGGCGGCUUCAACUACGACUCGGACGACUGGGCCUACAACGGAUCGGAUGGGGGCGACUUUGAGGCUGAGCUGAAGUUGAAAAACAUUGACUUUGGCGUGUUCCAUUCCUAUCCGGAUUGGUGGAGCAAGACCGUGGAAUGGACGAACAAGUGGAUCGUUGACCACGCAAGGGCUGCGCGGCGUGUUGGGAAGCCGGUCGUGCAUGAGGAAUACGGUUGGCUCACCCCACAGGGCCGACUGGAUAAUCUCGGCACGGUGUCGAAUAUAACUCGUCUAGAGGCUGUGGGCGGUUGGCAGAGUAUUAGUCUGCGGGAGAAGAUGUCCGAUAUGUUCUGGCAGUUUGGAUACUCGGGGUACUCGUAUGGUCGGAAUCAUGAUGACGGGUUUACCAUCUACCUGGAUGAUGCCGAGGCGCAGGAGCUUGUCUACAAGCAUGCGAAGGAGGUGAACAAGUUGAACCGGAGACGGUAG